CCGUGAGACGAUCAAGACCGUGCCAUUCUCUUUAGUGUUUGCCGUGUCCUCCCAAUGUUCGCCUCCUUGCCUCCCGCAUUUUGAAUACAAAUUAACAGACACUGACUCUUGAAGCUGAACGUAAAACCAAACAAACCCCAUUAAGCCAUAUUUUAUUAUGGAUUAACAAAAAAAAAACGAAGAAAAGUAGCGAAGAGACUCUUCUCCAGGCCAAGCUUUUAUCCUGACCUCUUCAGUCCUCGGUCACUCCCACACUGUAAAUCACUAAUCUUGACUUCAACCUUCAACAAUACAAGAGCAAUGAGGAUGUCUCAGCUUCAGUUUCAGUGUCCUGUUAGUUCCAUGCCUGCUGCUUCUGCCCCCCUUCAGCUGGGACAGCCGCAGCCUGGCUACAGCAUCCCCUGUGCUACGGGCGCCCUACCAUCGGAGAGUGCCAGUCAGCCCAUCAGGAGCUCCGCCCUCCCUGCGGGCUCUGCCACUCCUUAUAAUACCACCACAGUAAACAUGGCAAACCCUAAAGAGAAGACCCCCAUGUGCUUGGUGAAUGAGUUAGCUCGUUUCAACAAGCUCCAACCUGAAUAUAAGCUGCUUUCUGAGCAAGGGCCAGCACACUCCAAGAUUUUCUCAGUGAGGUUGACGCUGGGAGAUCAACACUGGGAGGCGGAGGGGACCAGUAUCAAGAAAGCCCAGCAUUCCGCUGCUGCUUCUGCUCUUACUGAGACAACUCUUCCCAAACCCACCAUGAGGAUGCCGCGUAACACAGCUGAUGGCAUCACACACACCAUGGAGCUGAAUGCACUUUGCAUAAAGCUCGGUAAAAAACCCAUCUAUAAACCCAUCGACCCGUAUCCCGGGAUGAGACCGCCGAACUUCAACUACAACGUUCGUGCUCCGCCUUACCAGCGCUCUAUGCAACAGUACUACUAUCCAUUUACCCCGGUAGGACCGAUGAUUUAUCACAUGGAGCUCUCCAUCGGGGGUCAGCAGUACGUUGGAAAGGGGCGUACACGGCAGAUGGCCAAACACGAUGCUGCUGCCAAAGCGCUGAAAGUCCUGCAGAAGGAGCCCAUGCUGCAGCAGUGUCCAGAGGUGAAUGGAGAAUCCGAGGAUGAGAACCUAAACAAAUCAGAAAUUAGCCAAGUUUUUGAAAUUGCCCUCAAACGAAACUUACCUGUCAUCUUUGAGGUUUUAAAAGAGGAGGGCCCUCCACACAUGAAGAAUUUUGUCGUGAGCGUUUCAGUCGGAGAGUUCUCGGGAAACGGCGAGGGGAAGAGUAAAAAGAUCGCCAAGAAGCUGGCGGCAGCGGCGGUGCUGUGUGAGCUGAAGAGGCUCCCCCACAUACCGAGUGUGGAAAGGAAGCUGCCACGCAUCAAAAAGAAAACCAAAUCUAUCAUCAAGCUGCAGACCAGCCCCGAGUAUGGCCAGGGGAUGAAUCCCAUCAGCCGCCUGGCUCAGAUCCAGCAGGCCAAGAAGGAGAAGGAGCCUGAGUACACUCUGGUUACAGAGAGAGGUCUGCCACGGCGCCGGGAGUUUGUCAUGCAGGUGACUGUGUGUGGCCAGUCUGCAGAGGGAAUGGGACCGAGUAAGAAGGUGGCCAAGAGGAACGCAGCUGAGAAAAUGCUGGAACUCUUGGGAUACAAAGUGCCUCAGCCUCAGCCUCCCAAACCGGCUCUGAAAACGGAAGAAAAGACCCCCGUGAAAAAACCUGGCGAUGGGCGUAAAGUGACCUUCUUUGUGGAGGAGGUGGCGUUAGCUCCUAAAGAGGAGGAUUUCCGCCUGCCUUACCUCAGCCACCAGCAGCUGCCUGCGGGCAUCCUGCCCAUGGUGCCUGAGGUGGCCCAGGCAGUUGGAGCCUGCCAGGGACCCCAGGUCAAGGACUACAGCCGAGUUGUGCCCAACCCGGGCAAGGCCACCAUCACUGCCAUGAUUGCCAACGAGCUGCUUUAUGCUGGAGUGUCAUCGACUGCUGAGACUAUCCUAAAGAACAAAAACAGCCUGAGCCAGCUGCCCCACGGCCCCCUCACGAGGCCGUCGGAGCAGCUCGGCUACCUGGCGUCCGUGCAGGGCCUGCUGGUGGAAUACAAAGACUUCCCCAAAAACAACAAGAAUGAGUUUGUGUCGCUGAUUAACUGUUCCUCCCAGCCUCCUCUCAUCAGUCACGGGAUUGGGAAAGACGUAGAAUCCUGUCAUGAUAAGGCUGCACUGAAUAUAUUAAAGAUACUCGCUGAGUUGGACCAGCAGCCAAAUGAAAGGACAGAAAAUGGACCAGCCUCGGGAUGUGGAAAACAGGAGCUGGAAGGCGACUUGCACCUGAAACAGGCUAACUCAAGCACAUUGGCACAGACGCUGGAUAGCAAAGCUUAGCUGGGGUUUGGUUGCCUGUCAAAGAGAAAACUCACUGUGUUCUACAGAUGCUUGGAAAAGCCCUAAUCUAUCACUGCUCUUAUCGAUUGUUACAAAGUUUUCACAGUUAAACAAGAUUGAUAGGAAAAAAUAGACUUCUUCUCCUUGAUGUUGUUUAAUUGUACACAUUGUUAUUUUUUUUAUUUGCUCUAUAGAGAAAGUAGCUGCAUCCUAGCCAAUCAUUUUGGAGGUGUAUUUGAUUUGAAAUAGGAGUAACUGUGAACUUCCUUUGGUUUUAAAUGUCUGUGUUUUAUCCCCACUGAAGUAGUUUAAGUUUCAGGCCUUGUUUUCAUUUUUGUCUAGGAUGCAGUUGCUGUUGAUUUUCCUAUAGUGCUUUAUGGCCCUUUGUGUUAAUGUGUUGUAAUUUAAUGCCACAUUCUCCAUCCUCAUGAAGCUACAAUAAAGUUUUGUGCUAAAAGCAUAUGUAACCCA